UCUUCCGUUCCCCGCCGGCCGAUCUGCGGACCUCCUCCGGACCUGUACUAGGAUUUAUUUAAUUCUUAUGAAACUUCAAUAAUAGCCUAGGCGCUCCUCCCAUGGUGUCCCCGGGAGACUCCCCGGCCUCUACUCGACUUUACGGAAACUAUCGGCGACCGUUUUGGGGACUUGAAAAUCAUGGAAACGUGGUUUCUGAAUCACGUCCUCGGUUUGUCUCUGUCGGUCCUCCUGCUGGGUCUGCCGGGGGCCCUCGGGGCAGGGACCCCCAGUAACAACAGUACGGAUCCGGUAACGGCAGUAUUUGAUUAUUCAACAGCCAAAGAUAAACUCCGUAACCUGGAAAACAAUGCGACUUCAACUUCAUACUCCAGCGAGAGUUUGUCACCAUCACAGAGGAACAGCCUGCUCACACGCGCUGCUGAGACACACACUCCUACUGCUGGAAACUUUGACACUGAGCAGACACAAACCUUCACAGAAACAAGCAGCGGGUCACUAGAGGACAUAAGCCUAUCUACUGAACCACUCGCCUCCACCUUUGUUGUAGCCACUACUGAGUCCAGCAGCAGCCAGAACUGGAAAGAUUUUACUAACACGGACCAGGUACCAGACGCUUCCCCUGCUGUGUCCUGGGAGGCUGGUUCCUGGAUAUUGAUAGAGAAGGCCGGACUUCCCCAGGACAGUCCAGGCACCACCCUCCGACUUGGAGAUGUCUCAGCCUUGAUGUCCAAUACAGCCGUCCACACCGACAGCACCUACACUUCCACCACCAGCCGAGCUGGGGAGAGGACCCUGCUAUCUGUCACCUCCUCUUCCAGCAACAGCACCUCCUCUGCCUUCACAGAGGACUCCAACUCUCAUCAGCCCCCCUCUACCUGGGGUAUUUCUGCUAGUGCUACAGAGACUGAGGACUACACCCACAGCGCGCCAUCCUCCAGGACUGACAGCAGGGACACAACAGACCAGCACAUGACCCAGUCCUUCAAGGGGACGUUUUCAGAAACGGGGAGCCCGGGGGGGCCCAGAGGAACCCAAGGCUUAAUCGGAGAGUUUAAUGCCACCCAGUAUCAAGACAGCUCAACAUCAGAGGAGACCUCUGACUCGACUCCACCUCUUAGAGUGACAGAGCCCAGUACUGGCCAAUCUGAAAUGUCCUUUUCCUUCACACCUCCUGUCACCUCACCUGCAGACGUUCCUACAAACAUCUCAGGGACAGACCAGGGGUCCGGCUCUAGUGUUGGAAGCUCCACUGAGUCCUCCACUGGAGCCCACAGCUCCAGCACUCAGAACCAGGAGGGCACUGAGGGGGUUUCGUCCCAGACCAGGGAGGGAAACGUGACCUUGGUUCUGACCACAGCACCCCCUACAGUCACCAGUAGUACAUCUGAACUGGAUGACUCUCUGACAGGCACUCCAGUGCUGAUUACUAAGGUCUUCCUCACCACCACACCUGUCACUGUUACAGAAAGAUCACAGAUAACAGAGGAAGACACUUUCAAAGCCACUGCCUCAGCCACCACCACCACCAGCACCCCCACCACCACCACUACCAUACUUCCUCCAACAGUAACCUCAUCCCCCAGGUUCAGUAGCACCACUAGCAGCUCUACUCCAGGGUCACCUACCGAUGCCACCAUCCCGUACACUCCACCCUCCACCACAGCCUCCACACAGGUCCUGCAGACCAGCACAGCCCAUCCAACUCACCGUGUGUCCACCAGCCAAACUCAGGAGCCCUCAACCGAGAUGGCUAACCCCACAAACAUCACCACCGUGCAGAUAGAAACAAGCACAGGUACUCUGGGAAUCACCAGGGCUCAUGGUCAGCGCAUCAUCACCACCCACACCCACAGCACCCCAACCAAGAGUACAGAGGCUCUGCAAACCACUGGGAAACAGACAGAGAGAGGAACUACAGAGCUGGUGGUGACGACAUCAUCCACCAAGGCACCACCACCGCCACCAAGAGACCCCUGUGUGUCAAACCCUUGUAUGAACGGAGGGAUGUGUUUGAGCUCUGAAGGGCAUCGAUUCACCUGCCACUGUCAGCAGGCAUGGACAGGACGGACCUGUAACCAGGAUAUGAAUGAGUGUGAGAGCGAUCCCUGCCCAGUUGGGUCCAGGUGUGUAAACACUCGAGGAUCCUUCAGUUGUGAAUGUCCGCUCGGCUUCGACCUGGAGGACGGACGCACUUGCACCAGAGCAAAGACGUUUCUGGGAACUUUCAGUGUUAACAGGCAGCCACAUGACACGGUUGUCCUCAAGAGUGCCACCCUGCAAGAGAUCCAGAGAGAGAUCAUUCAGCUGCUCAAUGCUUCGUUGUCAGUCCUCCGAGGUUACAGCCGCUCCACGUUGAGCAAGAAAGAAGAAGACGGGGUUCAUAUCUCAGCUGUCAACAUGUUUUCCAUAUACACUGAUGUGACAAGUGCUGAGGUCUACAACAGCAUCCAGAUGUAUCUCAGCAACUGCAGCUCCUCACUGGCACACUGCCGGAUGGUCCUGCACCACCAGCUCACGUAUCACAUGGAAAGUCUUUGUGUGGCCCAGAAGACUCAGUGUGAUACAGAACGCUCCACCUGCACAGACAACAGUGGCACAGCCUCCUGUCAGUGCCUUCAAGGAUACUACAAACACAACCCUGACGACCUCUCCUGCCUAAAUUGUGGGGAUGGCUACAAGCUGGAAAACGGCACUUGUGUUCCGUGCAUGUUUGGAUUUGGAGGAUUCAACUGUGGAAAUUUUUACAAGCUGAUUGCAGUCGUGGUGUCACCUGCAGGGGGUGCUCUGCUCCUCAUUCUCAUCAUCGCUCUCAUUGUCACCUGCUGCAAAAGAGACAAGAAUGACAUCAACAAGAUCAUCUUCAAGAGUGGAGACCUCCAGAUGUCCCCCUAUGCAGAUUUCCCCAAAAAUAACCGCAUAUCCACGGAGUGGGGCAGGGAGACCAUAGAGAUGCAAGAGAACGGCAGCACCAAGAACCUGCUUCAGAUGACUGACAUUUACUACUCUCCUGCAUUGCGCAACUCAGAUCUGGAGAGAAAUGGAUUAUACCCAUUCCCGGGCCUGCCGGGUUCUCGCCACUCAUGCAUCUACCCGGCCCAGUGGAACCCCUCCUUCAUCAAUGAUGAUUCACGAAGAAGAGACUACUUCUAGCUGCCCCACCUUGAACAUACACUCACACACACACAUACAUACACACACAUACACAGAAACGUACCAUCUCUUAUACAGACAAUUGAAAGUGUCAUGAUGGUUUUGGAGAGCCCAUUUGAACAUCUGCAUUGAGGGCUGUGUGCAAAUUAUGUAAAUGUGGGUAUGUGUGUGUGUGUGUAUGUGUCUGCAAAGUAUGGAACAUUUUUACAAGUAACACGUUUCCUGGGAGUGUUCUUGUAUGACCAUUUCAGUGUUUGUUUUUUUAAUACUUACAUACUCACAUACCGCAUUGCUGCUGUGGUUUUAGACUGUUUAAUGUGUUUUUCUUGCCUUCCAGGCAGCCACUGAUUUUCAUUUACCUCACUGUUUGACGGAAAACAAUUUACACACACUUGAAAAGUGCUCGAAGUAGUUGAUCUAUGACAGUAAAUAUCAUGUCUGCCUUUCCUGUUGUCAGGGUUAUGUUGUUGCUGCCCGGGUAAUGCAGCGCAGAUUAGCUUGAGAAAUCUGCACUGCAUUAAUGCACAAUGGUAAAUGGAAGUAGAUACGAUGUUCACUCACUGUGCUCACAGAAAUGAUUGUGAAUUUUUGCCCGCCAGGAAUGCUGGAAAAACACAUUUGAAUGAAAUUUAAAUAAUGGCAGUAAUGUAAAAUGUAUGUGGUGUGUAGCAAAUAGACUAGGACAUGCAAAAACAUUGAUAUGGUGCUUUAAGUGCUGACAUAUGAAUAUGUGCGUGCCACUGCUGUGAUUUGAAAAGAAUCAGUUUCUUCUUAGAUAAUAGUCUGAGAAUAAUAACAAACCACUGAAGGAUGCACACCAAGCUCAAUUUUAUGCCAGUAGAAACUGAGGAAUGACUUUGAAUCCUGAUGCGAACGUCUCUGUAUGUGCAAGUCCUUGACAUGUAGCAUAAUGGACAUCUCAUACAUACACACUGACAGACGUAAGAGGGAUAAACCUGUGGCUUUUAAGUGUGUGUGUUUGUGUAUGUGUGUGUGUGUAUGAGAGAGAGAGUGUGUGCCUUAAGUAUUGGUGUUCGUGAGGUGUGUGCAUGUGUGUGAGGAAUAAUUCUCUGUAUACCAGAAGAACUGUCGAUGUGUGUGUAAACAUGUAUAGUUUCUGACGUGAAGUAUUAUUUUUAUGUGACUAUUUUCUUUCUUUGUCUUUAUGUGGUCGGUUGAUUCUGGCGUUGUAGUCAGACGUGCUUAUUUAAAUAAAAAAAUGUACACAAACUCCCUAUAAAA